UAAGAAUAAUGCUUUGCAUUCGAGCAUCCUUUACAUGUCUGAAAGUUCGUUUUGAGUUGCUAUAAUGUAAUGCUAACAUCCCUUUCAAAAUUUCCCAUUCAUCGGUCAAAGAAUCAUUUUUUUUGGAAGCACAAAGGUUUAAAAAUGAAGGGGUAUCAUCAAAUUAUCACAGUGUUCAUCAUAUUUUUGAUUUCUCUGAAUUUUUUCAUCAGUGGAACAGCUGCUGAAAACUCGAAACGUUCAGUGAGACAAAAAAGAAAUGUCCUCUGCCAUCUUGGAUUGACUGGUUUCAUUUCAGGAAUAUUCUACGAUUCAUUAAACAGUGUUCACAAAUAUGAUCCAAUGUUCAUUGGUUCCUUACUGAAUGGGAAGCUGACAAAUGUUGAAUUUCAAGGCUUGUCCACUUUGAUCAACGAUUCAAAUAUCGAUGUCUACUGCCAGAACGAAAUGGUGGUCCUUGACACUCUUCUGAGCUUGACAGAUGUCUCCGUCAGUUGCGAGUGGUCACAAAAAGUGCUGCUGACCUUCACUGGCACGAUCACGGCUACAGUGGAAGACAUCCAGUUCCAAGUGGAUGCCAAUUUGAAUAUGGAAAGUGGAAUCGUGUUUGACAUAAAUGUCGUGUUGACAAAACUCGAUGGAAUAAAACUUGGUUUUAGUGGUCUAGGACCACUGAAUCCUGUGAUUAAAAUGAUUGGGAACUUGAUACUAGAUGUAUUUAAUCGUGAAGUUUCAAAGAAAAUUGGGAAAGUUUUGAAAACUACUUUGGAAUCAGAAUUGGGAAAAUACAACACGUCUUUUUGAGUACAAAAGGCAUAAUAAGCCUGUCUCUGAUGAGUUAGUGGAUGUGACGUAAGAAUUGCACGAUAUCGGACGAGUGCAUUGUGAUAAGUUAGGGAGGAGGUAUGAAUCAGAGUUUGCCAAAUAUAAUUCCGUUUUGUUUCCGUAAAUCUUGGGAUUGAUCAUAUGUUAAUAAUGGAGAGCAAGUGAAAAAAACUGCUUCAAGUUCGACACAAUAGCAUUUAUUACAACCCUAGUAUUUGUUAACGAUUCGAUCUCCUUUUUAUAAUAUUUUCUCUCUCUCAGCAAAUAUCCACUUCAAUCUGAGAUUGACUGUCACCCAUCAAUUCGUCAGAGUCAUGCUAUAUUUGUACAUACUGUAAGAAUUAACUGAUGUUAUAUUGAUACGAUUUCAAAUUUUAAUGUUAAAUUAAUAGUUAUAGAUAAUGUGUGAAAAAUUUACAUUAAAAAUGUUUCUAUUUA